CUAAGACUAAUGAUGAUGAUCAGCAACUGGUGAGUGCAAGGUCCCCGAGCGAGAUAUACGGAGUCAACUGGUCAGUUCCACCAUCGUCGCAUAAGCCGGCGCCGGCGGCGAUGUGGCGUGCUGCGUUGACGCACAACCUCGCUCAGAUUGCGGUCCAUUAGUCGGCUCGCCACUGACAGGCUGUCCACACGUGUGUCGUGACUCUUGCGUCCAGUAUACUUCCGAGCGUAAACAUGAGUAGCGGCAAAAGGAAGUUAUCCUUCCUCGGCUUUACCCCACAGGGCGAAGGGCAGGACGAGUUGAGGUUGGAUGAAGAGAUGGACCGGGUAGUGUGGAGUGAAAGUGGGCCGCCGCCGCCGCCUCGGUUACAAUCAACAGCUGAGCCACUUAGAGACGUCGCUGCACCGCCCCCUUAUGCACAAGAUGGUAUAUGUCAUCCAAGCAGUUCAGAGCUUUCGCCGAUCAGCGCACCACAACUCUCGUCAAGUUCGGAUGCACAAAUGUCUGGGCAAUGGUCCGGGUCCGGUUCGCCGGGCAGCCUCCGAGAAGACGAUCGUCAUGUCCAGUUCGACGGUGACAAGAGCGCAACACCCAUCGAACCUCUGGAUGACGCGAAUGAUGAGCGACGGAACCAGAGACACGCGCGGCAUUUGCACCAGCACAAGGCUAGGAAAUAUUCACUACAAGAGGGCGCUAGAGGCGGUGGGCUAGAUUUGGAGCGGCACAUUUCAACAGCUCCUACGGAGGAACCCCUCCCCGAAGUUGACCAGGAUGAAUUGCGAAGCCACCGGAUCGACGACCCGAGGGCUCUACGCCGGCACAGAAUACAACCGCGGGGUUCGACGGUGCAUGUCGGCCGAAAAGAAGGCGGGGACAAAAUCCAAAACAUUUUCUCCGACGCCACUUUGAAGAAAAUGUAUGACCAUAGCCCGCACGCGGUGUUCGUCCAAUUGGACGAGCUGCUAGCGACAGACGAUGGCGACGCGGAGUGGAAGGAGACGGCUCGUUGGAUCAAGUACGAAGAGGACGUGGAGGAAGGCUCGGCUCGCUGGGGCCGGCCCCAUGUGGCCUCAUUGUCUUUCCACUCCUUACUGAACUUGCGAAGGUGUCUCGAGACCGGCGUGGUUUUGCUCGACCUCGACGAAAAAGACCUACCUGGAGUGGCAUACAGGGUAGUGGAGGGUAUGGUAACAGACGGAUUGAUCGAAGAAGAUGAUAAACCAGUAGUGAUGCGUUCACUGCUGCUCCGUCACCGACAUGUCCAUGAUGAAAGGUUUCGGUUUUCAAUCAGUGGUCGCAAGCAUUCCUCUUAUACUAGCUUACAGUCGCUGUGGAUGGACGAUGGCCCGGGAGGAGGUCCCGGCACGCGGGCCCGCUGUUCCGUGUGCUCUACCGGCGUCGGCGCCUGCCGCCGACAUAGCGCCCACAUUCUUGUACGGAACACUCAUAAUCUGGCGGAUCAGAAGAGACGACGCAGUUCCUAUGCACUACCACUUGAUCGGCUCGAUGCACGCAAGAAGUCCUCUGGGGCCGCAUUGGAUAUGCGAGAAGUAGAAUAUUUGGCGACCAGUGCAGCAGUAGGAUCACAGGAAGACAUUAAACGUGGUCACAAUGAUCCCAUUAUGAAACGUAUUCCUGGCGAUGCAGAAGCAACAACAGUUUUGGUCGGAGCUGUUGGCUUUCUCGAUCAGCCAACUAUUGCAUUCGUCCGUCUCGCACAGGGCAUUUUCAUGCCUUCUAUCACAGAGGUUCCCAUUCCUGUCCGAUUUAUGUUCAUUCUACUCGGACCCACAACGUCAGACCUCGACUACCAUGAAGUUGGUCGCUCCAUCUCUACGCUUAUGGCAAAUCCUGCAUUCCAUGCUAUCGCUUACAAAGCGGACGAUAGGCGUGAGUUACUAUCCGCAAUAAACGAGUUCUUAGAUGAUUCUAUUGUAUUGCCACCUGGUGAUUGGGAACGCCAGGCUUUACUACCCUUCGAAGAACUAAGAGCUAAAAGUGAAAUGAUCAGAAAACGGAAACUAAAUGCUCAACAACGUAAGCGAGAAGCUGAUAUUACAACCGCUCCCCCAUCGGAUGAAAAAAAGGCUCUUUUAGCUGCAGAAAUAGGAGGCAUUCCUGAGAAAGAACCAGAUGAUCCUUUAUCCAAAACUGGUCGUCUUUUCGGUGGUGUCAUCCGGGACAUGAAACGACGUUAUCCCUAUUACUUGUCUGAUUUCCGAGAUGCAUUGAAUGGGCAAUGCGCUGCGGCAACAAUUUUCAUGUAUUUUGCCGCCCUCUCAUCUGCUAUUACUUUCGGCGGUUUAUUAGCUGAGAAAACCAGCAAGCAAAUUGGAAUAUCUGAAACUCUAGUGUUCUCGUGCGUGGGUCACGUAUUUUUUGCUUUAGUUGCCGGCCAGCCCAUGAUGAUUACGGGUGCUACUGGACCUCUGCUGCUUCUCGAUGAAUCCUUAUUUGUCUUCUGCCGAUCGUAUGGAUUCCACUUUUUAGCUGCGAGGAUGUAUUGCGGCAUAUGGAUGAUUGUUAUUGCUCUCUGCGUAGCUUCUAUCGAAGGCAGUGUCGCCGUUAAGAAAAUAACCAGGUUCACGGAGGAUAUAUUCGCAUUUUUAAUAUCUCUGAUCUUCAUAUCGGAGCCUAUUUCUAAUAUUAUCAACGUAUAUCGUGCUCAUCCUCUGAUCUAUGAUUAUUGCCCGAAUAUUACUAGUAUAAACGCAAUUAAUGAUACAGAAGCAUCGAAUUUUACAAUAACAGGUAAUGAGACAAUUCCUAUUCCAACGACUGUUGCGCCACACGAUAUAUUGGUGCCACGACCGAACACCGCUCUAUUCUGCACUAUUCUGACUUUGUCCACCUUCAUCAUCGCCUACUACUUGCGCAUAUUCCGUAACGGCAAGUUCCUAGGACGUAGUGCUCGUCGUGCACUAGGCGACUUUGGUGUGCCCAUAGCAAUUGUCCUGAUGGUCGGAGUAUCUAGCCUGGUUCCAGUUUGGACUGAUAAUUUACAAGUCCCAGAUGGCCUGAACCCAACAUCCGACCGUUCUUGGCUGGUGCCUCUAAAUCCUGGUCUAGAGACGAUCCCAAUGUGGGCAGCCUUUGCCAUGGCUUUACCAGCUUUCAUGGUCUACAUAAUAGUCUUUAUGGAGACUCAUAUCGCUGAGCUGAUCAUUGAUAAGCCUGAACGUCGGUUGAAGAAAGGCAGCGGAUUCCACAUGGAUAUCGUGGUGAUGUCGCUGGUGAACGCGGUGUGUGGCAUGUUUGGUGCGCCGUGGCAGUGCGUGGCGACUGUGCGUUCGGUCAGCCACGUCUCUGCACUAACUGUUAUGUCCACCACCCACGCCCCUGGUGACAAACCUCACAUCGUCGAAGUUAAAGAACAACGCUUGACUGGUCUCUUGGUCGCUCUACUUGUGGGAAUUUCUGUGCUGGCAUCCCGUUGGCUGAGAUUAGUACCGAUGGCUGUGCUGUUUGGUGUUUUCCUUUACAUGGGUAUCUCGGCUCUUGGAGGUAUACAAUUCUGGGACAGAUUCAUCUUACUGCUAAAGCCUGUGAAACAUCACCCUCAAAUUCCAUAUGUCCGAAGGGUUCCAACAAUGAAGAUGCAUCUCUACACAUUGAUCCAAUUUGCUGGGAUUUGCCUUCUUUACGGUAUCAAGUCUUCGCAGUUCUCACUGGCUCUUCCGUUCUUCUUGGUGCUCAUGGUGCCCCUGCGUAUGGCUAUUGCUUACAUCUUCACACCAUUGCAAUUACGAGCGUUGGACGGUGCCCAAAAAGAUAUUGACAAAGAUGAUGAACCAGAUUUUUACGAAGAAGCGCCACUGCCUGGAUAGGGGCGAACCAAUCGUUAUAGGCUCUCUGUAUAUCCAUGGAGAGUUUGUACGAUAUAAAAGCACUACUACGAACAAUAGUGAACAAUACAAUUAAUGCAAAAAAUACAAUUAGUGAAAAGAUACCUAGGACCUAGGUAUAAAUCUUAACCCAAAGGAACUAUCGAGUUGCGUAAUUAAUUGUAUUUUAAAAGUAGAAAUUUUUAGAUACAACCAGAAAAACUAAUACCACCUAGUACCUACUUAUUGAAAAUAUGCGUAUCUAACGCAAAAAAUAUUUUAAUAGUCAGAUAUUUUGAUAGGUUACGACGUAGACGACGUGUGUAUGUUUGUUACUCCUUCACGCAAGAACUGCUGGACGGAUUUGGCUGAAAUUCGGAAUGGAGAUAGAUAAUGUCCUGGAUUAGCACAUAAGCUACUUUUUAUCCCGGAAAACCAAAGAGUUCCCACGGGAUUUCGAAAAACCUAAAUCCACGCGGACGAAGUCGCGGGCGUCAGCUAGUAAUAAAUAUUAGGUACAUAUGUUCUUUUAUCUUCUGACUUGUUACCUUCUCUACAUCUACAGUUUAUUUUACUAUUUAUUACAUUAUGGCUCAAACUAAAAAUCUUUUAAAGUUUACGAAGAUAUUAGUUAAAUAAGUACUAUUAUUAGUAGGUCUUCUAUCUUAGAUACGUGCCUGAGGUACCUUAAUCUUAAGUGUUGCUAUUCUGUCCAAAAAUGUGUCUUAUUUUUGUAGGUAACUAUCGGCCGAAAUUAAUAAUAAUAAAUAAUCAAUAGAUAAUUAUAUCUGUAAUGUGUCGAUUUACUAUUCAAAACAGUGAUUUAUAUACUUUGUAGUUUAUCGCACUCGGGUGUAUAAUAUAGUUAUUUAUCAGUGAAUUAAUUUUCUGAAUCGGAUAUUUUGGAAACUACCCCCUAAAUAUAAACUCAGAAACUACAUAAGAUAUACAUACCUCAUUAUCAUAUCAAUACGAGUAGGUACCUAUAUAUUACCUAGUUAGGUAAAUGAAGAUAGGCAGAUUGAAUUAUUAUUGAUUUCGACCACUGAAUAUGCUCACAUCUUACUAAGUACCAUGUGUUUAUUAAAAGGCUUGAGUGCAAGGAUUGUCAACUUAAAUAUUAUCAUUUAUCACUAAGUGAUCCAUAUUUUACGAUAAGUAGCUGAGAGAACAAUAAAUUGUAAGGUACCUACCUAUUUAUGAAAGAAAGUUUUUUGUCUAGAUAGCAUAUUUUUUUUGUCUGUUCACGAAAUUUAGGUACCGAUAUAAUUAUUAUAGGUAAAUAUUAUAUGAAUAAGCUGAAAUGGUAGAUUUAUAGGGUAAAGUAUGCGCUGUGACAAUAUCAGUAAUUGGAGUGUGAUAAAAACUAUAGUAAUAGGUAAUAUAUUCCUAGGUAGCUACCUAACAUUAAAUGUAGGUAGCAAGACUGGAUCUAUGGUUUACAUUUUAACGAUAAAUUAUAAUUAUUAAAUAUGUACUUCCUUAGAAAAUAAGUAAUGUGAGCUACUACUUUGUGACCCGCACAAUUAUUGUAUUGGAGCGUUCCGAAAGGGUUAUAUUAGUAUAUAUAAAAUAGGAUAGUAAGUUAAUUUCUUCCGAUGGAAUUUUUAUUAUCUGUCUACUUUCACCUAUUUUUAAAUAUAUGUACAAGUAAAAUAUAUUAUAAAAUAUAUAUAUGUGUUUUAUAAUAUAAUAAGGUACUUAAAAUAAAAGAAGAAAUGUCGUCCCAGUAAAUGUACCUAUAAAGUACAUGUGUGUUUGUCUAAAUUGUAUAUUAACAUUUUGAGUGAUGCAAGCACAGUAGAUAUAAGAAUACCUACUUAUCUAUUUCAAACAUCCUUCGAGUGAGUAGGUAGGUCAAAAAGGUUUAGAUUAUAAAAUUGAUGUAAUAAAAUAGCUAAAAGAAAAUAAAAGACGCAAACUAAACGAAUUGAUCAGUAUUCAUUAUUGAUUACUUGGUACAAGUUUAAUUAAUUAGGUAGAAUAUUAAAAUUAUAUCUGAAUAUAAAUAGGAAAUAGUACCUAUGUUACGAAGGUACACGUUGGUAACAAUAGCAAGAUAUACCUACCUGCAUAGGUAUUGCUUGAAGCCCCUAAAGCUGAUAUUAGCUGUUAGAUAUUACUUUAUUUACCGAAGAUUACAUUUUAAAAAUGAUAGAAAUAUCCGAAGGCUUGAUGUAUUUAUCUAUGUUCGGGUGCGUGAGUUUCAUUCCAUGUACCUACCUUUUUAAGUGUUUGAUGUAACAGAUAAUUUAAUAUAUAAAUUAUUAUCUAUCGAUAAUUAUUAUGCACCUAUACACUUUGUUGAUGCUUCAUCGAUCAAAAUUAAACCAAUAAUUAUGAACCAAUUUUGUGCUUCGGUUGUAUCCAUAUUUCAUACUCGUAAUCCAUGUUAUAGUCCAAAACCGAAACGUCGACAUAACGUGUUUGGCCCAGCCAAUCAUUAGAAAUGCCCCGUUCGAAAGCCAAACGUCGGCAACAGUAUAACUGCCUAACGAGUUUUGAAGCCAAUCAAGUAUCUUAAUUUUUAGUCCAAAACCGAAACUCAGUUUUACCAAUACGGCUUUGGACUAGGCAAUUCGGAAUAAUUAGUAGAUUAUGUGAGUUGAUUUCAUUAAAUUGUGUUUUAAAUUGUGAAGGGAAGUGCCGGUAUUUCUCGGCUUUGGUUUAGAUGUUAUCAUCUAUAUAAAUUUCUAAACUAAGUCAAACAAAUUGUCAAAUCUAAAUAAUAUGCUAGGUAUUAUAUUUUCCCUCUAACAAUUUUAGAAUUGUUAAUUUAGAUUAAUUGUUAUUUUGUACAGCCGAUUUAGCACCAUUUAAUCUUCUAAGUCCGACCUUAUUAAAUUAAGAUAAGUAAUUUGCCAAAGCGUAGGUGCCAAAGAAAUACUAGGUGGGCUUAGAAUAUAAUUGAUUCCGAAAAUAAAAGAAAUAAGGCAACAUAUGAUCCGCACGUGGUAUCUAUUUAAAUAUAGGUCGUACAAAUAUACUUACCUAUCAAAAGUUAAUUUAAAUUAACAUUGAUUAAGUUAAUUAAAGUAAAAUUAGAAAUAGACAUGGAUAAUAUGUUGACGUGUGGAAUAUCCAUCAAGGCGGACGAUAAUAUAGGGCGUUUAGUUAUAAUAAGAAUUUAAAAUUAGGUAGGUAUAAGUGAAUUAAUUACUAUGGUUACCAACAGAAUAGAAAAGUUUUUACAAUUUUUUCAUUAUUAAUUUUAAGUAUUUACAUUAAAUAGUUACAUAAAAAUAGGUAUAGGUACCUAUAUAUUUAUGAAAUAAUAAAUGUUUUUAAAUCUUACUAUUAAUUCUGCAAUAUUUAUGUUAUGUUUAACACAUCAAAAUUAUUGGAUUAUCUAUUUUAUAUUGUUAUAUUUUAUUAUAAAAUGAAUAAUUAUAUUAACAUUCCCAUGGCGAUAAGCAUAACAUCCCUAGUAAUAUCAAAUAUCUAGUAUUAAAGAUCCUUAUUGUGGUGAUCGCACAUUAUAUUAGCUAAUAGUCAUACGUACACGCAUUACACACGUGUGGAAAAAUUUAAAAUUAAACUCAUGGCGCUAAUUAAAAGCCUCACCUGCGGGUUAGAUAUUAGGAUUUUUGCCUAAUUCGCAGACUUAUUAAUAGGCUUCAAUAAUCUUGCGCUUUGUCCACUUGUAAUACAAAAAUCAUACUAUGAGGCUGUUCUAUUCAAUCCUGCAGAGAUGCUCGAGUGGCACGAGUGGUUUACAGCAGGACCACGAUUGUAAAUCUAUGGUAUUAACUCUUAUUAGACUGAAAAUAUUUUCUAAGUUAAAGCCGUAUUAGUGCCCGAUAGUAACUGUUGGUAUAUUAUAGCCAGCAUCAAAAUCGGUUCAUAUUUGGCAGAGUAAUCGCGUAACAAACAUACAAAAAAUAAAUAAAAAAACAACAUAAAGUCGAAUUGAGAACUUCCUCCGUUUUUUGAAGUCGGUUAAAAACGCUCAAAGUGCCUGUAAGUAUUUAUCCCUAUUACUAGUUUUCGCUGUUCCAUAAUUAUCUCGUGAGCCAUAUUACGUAGAGGGUUGAAAUUUUCACACAAUUUGUAUUUCUUUUUAUAAAGAUAUAGACAAACAAUUUUUAAUACCCGAAAAACAUACCCUCCUUCUGAUGCAGGUUAAUAAAAAUACACCUUCUUUUAUCUGCCAUCACUUCUAGCCACCUCCUAUUCAUCAGGAAUUUUAGGGUAUUCAUUAGUACCCUCCUCCUGAACAAUACCUACUAUCAAAAUUUAAAAACUUUUUGAAUUAUCUACGAAUAAUAUUGGUAUUCGCCUUUCCUGAAAUGGCCGAAAAUCUGCUUUUCAAUCGUCUAUUAAAGUGAUCAAAUAAGUGGGCUUAGUUUAUAUAUAAUAUUAGAAAGUACUUACUUUACUUAAGUUCCUUGUUUUGUUUAUUGUUGUUUUGGUUAGUUCUUACUAGAGCUGUAGGAAUAGUGUUUGAACUCUUGUAAAAAAGAAUGCCCAAAAAUGACCAGCGUCGAUUAAUCAUCACUAACUAAGUACAUAGUAUAAAACAGUCGCUUCCCGCUGUCUGUCCCUAUGUAGGUAUACUUAGAUCAUUAAAACUACGCAACGGAUUUUGAUGCGGUUUUCUUAAUAGAUAGAGUGAUUCAAGUGGUAAGUUUAUGUAUAUAAUACAUAUGCAUAUGUAGAGAACCACUGAUAAUUUUAGAGGUUUCUAAUGUGAUUUUGUAAAUAAACACAUUUUUUGCGCUUACAUUGCAAACGCUGGCUGAACCCUACGAGAUAGAUCAAAAUAAUGUACCUACUACAAUAUUGGACAUCUUAAAAAGGUCUAAGUAUUUAAGAACAUCUUGCUUAAACUACUACAAUAAACUACUACAGGGUUUUCUAAACAUUUCAAUUUUGUCAUUAUUCUUUUUUCGCGUUACGUAAGCUUGUGUGGUACUUGCGUAAAUAAUAUUGUAUUCAUUUAGUUUCACAUUUAAAUGAAUGAACACAUAGCCACCGAGAGGCUAAAGAGGCAACAUUGCAAGUUAAUUUUAUUAGCUUUAGUAUUGUUAAAAAAAAAUUAGUGCAAGAUAUUCAGAUGUAAGUUUAUACCUACAAUUUGUCUUACCUUUUACCAAGAUAAUAGGUAAUAUACAAACCAACAAAAAGACCAGUAUCAGACCUUAGGUAGGUAUUUAGUACUACCUACAAGUUUUCCUUACCCCUAAACGAAAAGUGUGCGAAUAUGGAGUACACAACAGGGUCAAACACAAAACUCAUACAAAACUAGCGUACUUUACAGAUAUACCUACUAGAAUAUGCAUACCUAGUUAUAAUAUUUAUUUUUAAAUUUGUGACCUAUGUAGUUAGGUAUGCCUUAACAUACAAUGUUUCAAUAAAUUAUUUUAAUCAA